AUGAUGAUGAGGAUGAUGACGAUGGUGGUGGAUUCCUUCAUGUGCAAGACUCUGACUUUAAUCCUCAUCUGCACGGCUCUGCAACAUGCUUGUGGACUCCCGUUAUCAGAGCCAGCGGAACCACCAGCUCAUACUCCUGCACAUUCACAACAUGUCAGGACCAAACGCUGCUCCUGUAACAGCUGGGAUGAUAAAGAAUGCAUCUACUUCUGCCACCUGGAUAUUAUCUGGGUCAACACGCCAAGUAAGCUCCUUCCGUAUGGUCUUGGGAGCCCCUCAUCUCGUCGCCGCCGCUCCGCCGGCCGAUGCAAAUGCCUGACACCAGCUGAUAAAACCUGCUCUAGCUUCUGUCAAAACAGUGCUCACAACCCAAGGACUGAUGUUGUGGGCUCAUCGAGGAAAAACUGAAAACAUAGAUGGCAACAAAUUACUUGCAUCUUUCAGAUCUGUGGUUAAGUCCAACAUUGGCAUUCUGUCAUCAAAGAAGAACAAAGCUUCAGUCAAAAGGCUCAAGAGGAGAACAAGAAGAUAGAAGAGUGAAAGAAAAACCAGCGGAGAUUAAAAGUCAUGGAGAGGAGACGUCUUCAGUGUUAGCUCCAGGUGUUUGAAACAGGUCAAGAGAGAGAAGGGUGGAGAAGACUCAACCAGAGAAAUGCUCCAGGACAGGAGUCUGAGGCGUGAACCUGGACUUAAUGUCUGUCUAACGUGAUGAGGAAGGAUCUUCUAAAGCCAAAUAUAAAGGGACUCACUUUGAGAUUAGUGGGCAACCACAUCAUAGAAAUAUCACACUGACCAAUUAUUGAGCAAACCAUUGCUUUUACUCAUCUUUAAGGAUUUCCCUAACUAUGAAGACUCUAUGAUCUCCAUUAUUCCAGAGCCAUAUAGACUCUAUAUUUUCUUUUUGAAAUAUGUGGGGAUGUAACGGCUGAUUUUCAGUUUGUGUUCCAUUUGUAGUCAGAACUUGGAUUUCCAACCUCACCAACCCCGACAUGGGGUUACUGUUAAUAACACUUCAGUCGUACACAUAGUACUCGUUCAUUUUUAUUAAUAUACAGUACAUGCUGUUGUUGAACUCCAGUUCUGACUUCUAAAUUCUGAUGUAAAUGGAACGUAGAAUAAUAUCCUCUGUAUCAGAGCUGAGAUAUUUUCUGCCUAAUGUUGAUGGCAAAUCAGCAAAAUAGUUUUUUUUAAUGAUGUUGCUUACUUGAAAACACCAUCGUGACACACUGCCACACUUAAAUGAAGACCAACUCUCUGUAUUGACGAAUCCGGUGAGCCGUUUGUGUGUUUCACCAUCUAGCGUCGCCGCCAUUACUGCGGUGGCACGUCGUCUGUCACUCUCUGCUGUCCUGCUCUGUUCUGCACAGUGGUCACAGUCACUUCUCCAAACCUGUGCCUGCUGCAGCGUUUUGCAGCUCAGAGUCUGGAUAUUUAUUUAAAAUGUAAAAUGUAAAAUGACAGACUUAAGAAAAAAGUAUUUCACAAUAACACCACAUUGAGUUCAUUUACUCUGUGCGACCACGGCAGCCUUGAUAGAGCUAGCUAAGUGAAGUUAGCUUAGCUGACAUUACCUUUUCACUGUGCAGCUGCAUGCUAUUCAUUGUGAGAUUGACGAGUGUUGAUCCAAAGUUACUUCCGGUACUUUGCCGGAUUCGUUUAUCGAGGCCACACACACACACACACACACACACACACACACCCUGACAAUGAACAUGGUGUAUACAAGCAUGGAGGCCACAGUGGGUCCAGUGCGUUGGCUCAGGUUACAUAGCUCCUCUUGAAUGUUUUGACUGAAGAAAGGCUGGAGGUGUUCAGUAAUGUGGGUCUUGCCAAAAAAGUAGCAAAUGUUUUUCUUCUUCACUUAACUUAUGUCUAUUAGCUCUGUAUCAAGAGCAAGAGAACAUUCCUCCUCAGUGCUAAUUGUUUACUAGCGUUUGCUGUUAAAUGCUAAAUAGCUUAUUUAUACCCUAACUUAUUGACAGAUGUAUUUAUAUUUGUAUUUGUCACAAUGUUUUUCAGGAAUGUGGAAAAUAAACGUGUUCUUAUAAGAGUCA